AUGGAUAAACAAAUUGAAGUAAAUCUAAAUGCAUUACCAAAAGAAAUACUUUAUAGAAUUUUCAAUUAUCUUGAUGAUUUUCAUAUAUUUUGUACAAUGAAAAAUGUAUCAAUAUAUAUGAAUACAAUUAUAGAUCAAUAUCAUCGAUAUAAGAUAUUAACAACACUUCAAUUAUGUAACAAAAAACUAGGUGUAGAACAAAUAAUACUCGUUGCUAAUACUCUUAAAGAAAAUCAAAUUGUUACUACACUUGAUCUUGGAGUUAAUGGAUUUGGUGAUGAAGGAAUAUAUUAUCUAUCUAAUGCUCUACAACAAAAUCAAACAUUAAUUAAAUUAUGUCUUCAACUAAAUAAAAUCGGCUCACAAGGAACAGAAUAUCUUGCUAAUAGUUUAAUACAAAAUCAAACAUUAACUAGACUUAAUCUUCAUUAUAAUGAAAUUGGUGAUGAAGGGGCAAAACAUCUUGGUAAUGUUCUUCAACAAAAUAAAACAUUAAUUCGAUUAAAUCUAAUACAUAAUAAAAUAGGUGAAGAAGGAACAUAUUAUCUUGCCAAUGCUUUAAAACAAAAUCAAACAUUAACUACACUUUAUCUUGCAGAAAAUGAAAUUGGUGAUAAAGGAACUGAAUAUCUUGCUAAUGCUUUAGAACAAAAUCAAACAUUAACAAUACUUUAUUUGGCUAAAAAUAAUAUUACUGAUAUUGGAGCAGAACAUUUUGGUAAUACACUUAAACAAAAUCAAACACUUGUAACACUUAGUUUAAAAGCAAAUGAAAUAAGUUCACAAGGAGCAGAAUAUCUUGCUGAUGCUCUUGAACAAAAUCAAACACUUAAAACAUUAAAUCUUAAAUGGAAUAAAAUUGAUGAUGAAGGAGCAUCUUAUAUUGCUCAAAGUAUUUAUUUAAAUAAACAAUUUCAAAAAGCAUUAGAAUUAUUUUAUCAAUGUGAACAAACAAAUAAUGAAAUGAUUUCGGAUUUAUCUAUUAAUCAAGCAUUAAAAUCUUGUACUAAUAUAAAAGAUUUUCAAUCUGGUUUAAAUAUUUAUCAACGAUAUUCAUCUCAAAUAGAAAAAAAUAAUUAUAUAUUAGCAUCACUUAUUCAUUUUUACAUGCAAUCAAAAGAUAUUAAGAAUGCUCAAAUACUCUUUAAUAGAUUAAAAAAUAAAACUGUUGGAAUUUAUGGAGCAAUGAUGAAAGGAUAUAUUACAAAUAAUAUGCCACAAAAAGCAAUUGAUAUUUUCUUUCAAAUUACAAAUCCAAGCAUAACAAAUGUAUCGUUAUUAUUUAAUGCAUGUGCUCGAAUUGCAACUGAUGAAACAUUAAAUUUAGUAAAAAAAGUUUUAUCUAAUCUUCCAGAUCAAUAUCAAAAUGAUAAAUAUAUUUUAACAACUGCAUUCGAUGCUUUUAUUAAAUCUAAUGAUUCAUUAAAUGCUGAAAGAAUUUUUCCUAAAAUUCCACAAAAUCGACUUAGUUAUGGAAAUUUAAUGAGUGCAUUUAAUAGAACUAAUCAACCACAAAAAACAUUAGAAUUCUAUAAACAAAUGAAAAUAAAUCAAAUUGAAUUAGAUCCACCAGUUUGUGUUUUAUUAAUUAAUGCAUGUUCUGCUCUUGGAAUAUAUUCUAAAUCAAAAUCAAUAUCUGAACAAAUUCCUAAAUCAUAUCUUGAUAAUAUCUUUAUUAACAAUGCAUUAAUUGAUAUGUGGGGAAAAUCAGGUUGUGUUGAAAAAGCAAAGAAUAUAUUUGAUUCAUUAAUUCAACCAGAUACAAUUGGAUAUACAUCAAUGAUUAAUUCAUAUGGUUUAAAUGGAAUGGGUUCUGAAGCAAUUGAAUUAUUUUAUAAAAUGCCAUCAAAACUAAUUAUGGAAGAAACUUAUGUUUGUGUUUUAAAUGCAUGUUCACAUUCACGACUUGUUGAACAAGCUCAAAAGAUAUUUUCUAAUAUAGAAAACAAAACAGAAAAUAUUUAUACGACUAUGGUCGAUUGUUUUAGUCGUUCAUUUCUUUUUGAAGAAGCCGAGAAUAUUAUUAAUAUUUAUGAAUCUAAUCAUUCACCAUCACCAUCAAUGCUUAUGUCAUUAUUAUCCGGUGCUCGAAAUGCAAAGAAUUCUCAAUUAGCUGAAAAAAUCUUCAAUCGUAUUGAAAAAUAUUUUCCACAAAUUCAAGAUCGAAUUGUUUCAGCUUCUAUUUUACUUGCAAAUGUUUAUGCAUCGACUGGUCAAAUGGAAAAAUCAUCAAAUAUAAAAAGAAAACUAAUUCAAGCUAAUUUGAAGAAACCAAGUGGACUAUCUUAUACAGAAGUUAAUGAUGAAAUAUAUAUGUUUCGAGCUCAUGAUUCAUCUCAUCCUCGAUCCAGUGAGGUCUCUGAUGAAAUUGAAAAAAUUUCUAAAGAACUUAUUUCAUAUGGUCACAAAUAUGAUUCAAGUUGUAUUACACGACCAUUAAAUGAGAAUGAAAGUGUUGAAUCAGUUCUUUGCGGACAUAGUGAAAGACUUGCAAUUGCAUGGAACUUUGUUGCAAAUCCAAAUAUCUCACGAAUUCAAAUAACAAAAAAUCUUCGCGUUUGUGAUGAUUGUCAUGAAUCAACAAAAUUAAUUGCUUUAAUUCGUCAAUGUGAAAUAAUUGUUCGUGAUGCAAGUCGAAUUCAUCAUUUUCAUAAAAAUGGAAAAUGUUCAUGUCAAGAUUAUUUUUGA